AUGAGUUAUAUUUCAAUACCUACGAGCUACCUUCAAGGUGUGAGUGGGCGUGUCCAGGUACGCCUCACCUGCGCAGGUAGCCACGCCCUCCGACCGGUGGGCGUCACCUGUCGUAGACCCGUCUGUCGGUCGUCGAGGGCGCAAUCAAAGUUCCCUCAUUCAUAUGUAUUGCAGCCACCAACUCUGUCUCUGCCCAGCCGACCUCUGGCCACCACUCCGUACAACUAG